AGGCCACAGGGAUACGAAGGUAAAAAAGGAAAAAGGAUGGUCUUAAUCGGUAAACGGGCAAAAAACUACUACGACGGAGACUCCCUUCCAUUUUGCUCUUCCUGCUGUCCUUCAGAAACCUCACAGACUUUGAAAAUCCUCCCUAAACAAGAGCGACGCUUGCCAUUGACAGAGAGUGGGGGGGAGAGAGAGAAAGGGAGCAGAAGAUUUAGGGUUUCUGUUAUGGCCUUCUCUCUCUGAAUUCAUCUUCGAAAAAUUCGCUACCUGUUUUUGUCUCUCCUUCUCUCUCAUUCAACUUCAUGGCUGACCACUCGGACUCCUCUCCUCUCGUCGCGCCGUCGCCGAUCACCGAGCCCUGCGAGAUCGACCUCGAGGCUGGGCCCGGAGAACAAAUUCAGUGCAGAAUUUGCCUCGAGACCGAUGGUAGAGAUUUUAUAGCUCCUUGCAAGUGCAAAGGAACCUCAAAGUAUGUGCACAGGGAAUGUUUGGAUCACUGGAGGGCAGUGAGGGAGGGGUUUGCAUUUGCUCAUUGCACAACCUGCAAGGCCCCAUACCAUCUGAGGGUCCAUGUUGCUGCUGAUAGGAAGUGGCGAACUUUGAAAUUUCGAUUCUUUGUCACUAGAGACAUUAUAUUUAUAUUUCUCGCUGUUCAGCUUGUAAUUGCUUCAUUGGCAUAUUUGGUUUAUUUAGUUGAUGGUUACCAGCAGUUUUGGCUUCGUCUGGCAUGGGGCUUUGAUGGCGAAAUUAGUUUCUACUACAUAUGUGGAGCACUGCUAUUUUUUGCUUUGCUGGGGCUAUCUGGAUGCUUCAUAACAUGUUAUGAUCGAAGAGUGCGUAAUGAUCUUGCUCAGCCCUGUCGAGAAUUAUGUCUUUGUUGCUGUCAGCCCGGAAUGUGUGCUGACUGCCAUUUGCCUGGUACGCUUUGCAUGUGGACUGACUGUACCACCUGCUUUGAAAGCUGUGCAAGUACAGCUACUGAAUGUGGUUGCUUGGGAGGUGCUGGUGAAGCAGGGCUACCAUUAUUAUUUAUAAUGGCUUUGAUAGUUUUGGGGCUAUUUACUGUGAUUGGAAUAUUCUAUAGUGUGUUGGUGGCUACUAUGGUUGGGCAACGGAUUUGGCAGCGACAUUACCACAUUCUUGCAAAAAGGAUGCUAACAAAAGAAUAUGUGGUUGAGGAUGUUGAUGGGGAGAUGACGGGAUCUGACUGGUCUCCUCCGCCUCUCCCAUCGGAGCAUGUUCAGCAGCUAAAAACACUGGGCCUCCUAUGAAUACCAACGGGUGAUUUUUCUGUGCUCAUAGGAGAAGCAUAUGAUGUGGAGAUGGGACUGACUGGCUCUCUAUUUUGGUAGACCAAUCUUUCAUACGUCACGAAGCUGAAUCUCAGGCUGUUUAGUCUUGAAAAGAUUCGCAAAUAUUGCUAAGGAGAAAUCUCAAUUGUAUUUUGUAUUUGAUGUUGCUGGGUAUGUUUAUAAACUGUGAAUGUUACUUUACUUUGUACAAGGAUUCCAUUCUUCUGCCACUGUUCCUCUAAUCAGUGUAACAGAACUAAAAUAUAUUUUACAUGACUGACAAGCUCUCAAUGAUGUGUAAUGAAUGAUGAAUUCCUUCUUGGGACUGUUCCAAGAUUUUAAAUGUAUUAUAUGGAGUUGUAGUGUUCA